GGUUGUUUGCCUGACGGACUGAGUACGGGUGCCGGGCGGGUUCUCGCGGAAGUCCAUGCGCCAUUGGGAGGACCGCAGUGGCUUCUCUGUGUCCUUGUUGCUCAGGGCGUCAUCCUGGGUCAUUCCUGAAGCAGGAACUGGACUGGGGCUGACACCGGGCCUCCUGCGUAGCCGUCUCAGUGCCUGUGUGACCUCCUCGCUGGAGGGAUGUGGCGACUACACCGGGCCGCCGUGGCCUGUGAGGUCUGCCAGUCCCUAGUGAAAUGUAGCUCUGGAAUAAAAGGAAGCUUACCACUACAAAAACUGCAUCUGGUUUCACGAAGUAUUUAUUCACAUCAUCCUACCCUAAAGCUUCAAAGACCCCAAUUCAGGACAUCAUUUCAGCAGUUCUCCUCUCUAACUAACCUUCCUUUACGUAAAUUGAAACUUUCCCCUAUUAAAUAUGGCUACCAGCCUCGCAGGAAUUUUUGGCCAGCAAGAUUAGCUGCAAGACUCUUAAAACUUCGUUAUCUUGUACUGGGAUCUGCUGUUGGAGGUGGUUAUACAGCCAAAAAGACUUUUGAUCAGUGGAAAGAUAUGAUACCAGACCUCAGUGACUAUAAAUGGAUUGUGCCUGACAUUGUGUGGGAGAUCGAUGAAUAUGUUGAUUUUGAGAAAAUUAGAAAAGCUCUUCCUAAUUCAGAGGACCUUGCAAAGUUGGCACCCGACUUUGACAAGAUUGUUGAAAGCCUCAGCUUACUGAAGGACUUUUUCACCACAGGUCACAAAUUGGUUAGUGAAGUCAUAGGAGCUUCUGACCUACUUCUCUUGUUAGGUUCACCUGGAGAAACUGCAUUUAGAGCAACAGAUCGUGGAUCUGAAAGUGACAAGCAUUAUAGAAAGGGUCUGCUUGGUGAGCUCAUUCUCUUACAACAGCAAAUUCAAGAGCAUGAAGAGGAAGCACGCAGAGCUGCUGGCCAGUAUAGCACGAGCUAUGCCCAACAGAAGCGCAAGGUGUCAGACAAAGAGAAAAUUGACCAACUUCAAGAAGAACUUCUGCAUACUCAGUUAAAGUACCAGAGAAUCUUGGAGCGAUUAGAAAAGGAGAACAAAGAAUUGAGAAAAUUAGUGUUGCAGAAAGAUGAUAAAGGCAUCCAUCAUAGAAAACUUAAGAAAUCUUUGAUUGACAUGUAUUCUGAAGUUCUUGAUGUUCUAUCUGAUUAUGAUGCCAGUUAUAAUACACAAGAUCAUCUGCCAAGGGUUGUUGUAGUUGGAGAUCAGAGUGCUGGAAAAACUAGUGUGUUGGAAAUGAUUGCUCAAGCACGAAUAUUUCCUCGAGGAUCUGGGGAGAUGAUGACACGCUCUCCAGUUAAGGUGACUCUGAGUGAAGGUCCUCACCACGUAGCCUUAUUUAAAGAUAGUUCUCGGGAGUUCGACCUUACCAAAGAGGAAGAUCUUGCAGCAUUAAGACAUGAAAUAGAACUCCGAAUGAGGAAAAAUGUGAAAGAAGGCUGCACUGUUAGCCCUGAGACCAUAUCCUUAAAUGUAAAAGGCCCGGGGCUACAGAGGAUGGUGCUCGUUGACUUACCAGGUGUGAUUAAUACUGUGACAUCAGGCAUGGCUCCUGACACAAAGGAAACUAUUUUCAGUAUCAGCAAAGCUUAUAUGCAGAAUCCUAAUGCCAUCAUACUAUGUAUUCAAGAUGGAUCUGUGGAUGCUGAACGCAGCAUUGUUACAGAUUUGGUCAGUCAAAUGGAUCCUCAUGGAAAAAGGACAAUAUUUGUUUUGACCAAAGUAGACCUGGCAGAGAAAAAUGUGGCUAGUCCAAGCAGGAUUCAGCAGAUAAUUGAAGGGAAACUCUUCCCAAUGAAAGCUCUAGGCUAUUUUGCUGUUGUAACGGGAAAAGGAAACAGCUCUGAAAGCAUUGAAGCAAUAAGAGAAUAUGAAGAAGAAUUUUUUGAGAAUUCAAAACUCCUAAAGACAAGCAUGCUAAAGGCACACCAAGUGACUACAAGAAAUUUAAGCCUUGCUGUAUCAGACUGCUUUUGGAAAAUGGUACGAGAGUCAGUUGAACAACAGGCUGAUAGUUUCAAAGCAACACGUUUUAACCUUGAAACUGAGUGGAAGAAUAACUAUCCUCGCCUGCGAGAACUUGACCGGAAUGAACUAUUUGAGAAAGCUAAAAAUGAAAUCCUCGAUGAAGUCAUCAGUCUGAGCCAGGUUACACCAAAACAUUGGCAGGAGAUAAUGCAGUAGAUUAUUGAGGGCCUUACAAGCCAUGUGAUUGAAAACAUCUAUCUUCCAGCUGCACAGACCAUGAAUUCAGGGACUUUUAAUACUACAGUGGAUAUCAAGCUUAAACAGUGGACUGAUAAACAACUUCCUAAUAAAGCAGUAGAGGUUGCUUGGGAGACCCUACAAGAAGAAUUUUCUCGCUUCAUGACAGAACCAAAAGGAAAAGAGCAUGAUGACAUAUUUGAUAAACUUAAAGAAGCUGUUAAAGAAGAAAGUAUUAAACGCCACAAGUGGAAUGAUUUUGCAGAGGACAGCUUGAGGGUUAUUCAACACAAUGCUUUAGAAGACCGGUCCAUAUCUGAUAAACAGCAGUGGGAUGCAGCUAUUUAUUUUAUGGAAGAGGCUCUUCAGGCUCGUCUCAAGGAUACUGAAAAUGCAAUUGAAAACAUGGUAGGUCCAGAUUGGAAAAAGAGGUGGUUAUACUGGAAAAAUCGGACCCAAGAACAGUGUGUUCACAAUGAAACCAAGAAUGAAUUGGAGAAGAUGUUGAAAUGUAACGAGGAACACCCAGCUUAUCUUGCAAGUGAUGAGAUAACUACAGUCCGAAAGAACCUUGAAUCCCGAGGAGUAGAAGUAGAUCCGAGCUUGAUUAAGGAUACUUGGCACCAAGUGUAUAGAAGACAUUUCUUAAAAACAGCUCUAAACCAUUGUAACCUUUGUCGAAGAGGCUUUUAUUAUUACCAAAGGCAUUUUGUAGAUUCUGAGUUGGAAUGCAAUGAUGUCGUCCUGUUUUGGCGAAUACAGCGCAUGCUUGCCAUCACUGCAAAUACUUUAAGGCAACAACUUACAAAUACUGAAGUCAGACGAUUAGAGAAAAAUGUUAAAGAAGUAUUGGAAGAUUUUGCUGAAGAUAGUGAGAAGAAGGUAAAAUUGCUUACUGGAAAGCGAGUUCAACUGGCUGAAGACCUCAAGAAAGUUAGAGAAAUUCAAGAAAAACUUGAUGCUUUUAUUGAAGCUCUUCAUCAGGAGAAAUAAAUUGAAAUAAAAUCCUACUCAUAAUGUCAUUACCUCUGCAUACAUCUGAAGAAAGAAAACUCCGAAGUCUUUUGUCCUUCCUUUUUUUCUUCUGCUAUUCUACCUUUCUAAACAUGAAAUAAAGUCAUGGGAUAAAAAUAAUUUAAUUUAUGUGUGUUAGAGGCACUUUAACUAGCAGCUGCCUUUUGAAUGGAAGAACAGGGGAAAUGGCAUUAACAUCCUAUUUUAUUGUACUGAAGUGACAAAUUGGGUUAAUGUAAGUUGUACGACCAUUAGGUUUAGUCCUUAAAGAUAAGAAACUUGCUCGCCUGCUUGUUGUCUCACUUGUGGUGGCUCUAGUUCAACGAAUUCAUUAGCCGAUGUUACUCCACCUCAGUUUCUUUUCCAGAAAAAGAAUGCUAAGUGUUCUGAAAUAAAACUUACAGCAAUUUUCUAAAAGCUAUCAACUGUAUAUAAAAUGAUGGUGACCUGCUAAGUUGUUGUCCGUAUCUGUAAUGUUCUAUAUCCAGAAACUCUUUGACCAUGAUAAUUCAAUUUAUAUUCAUCAUGUGAAAGAAAACUAGUUAACAAAAGAACCCCUCAAAUAGGAUAAUUUGGAUUACAACAAUUCUGCGUGUAUUCAGUGAAAGAGAUUUCAGCCCUCCGUUGAUAGCUUAUAGAGUUGCCUUAGAAGCUAAGUCACUGGCAGCUUACCUAUUUGAUUCAGUUGAUGUUUUUGUACUCUCUGUGUCCAUUUGAAAUUCAUUCAUUUUGGACAUUGUAUACUUAAGCUAGGCUUUCUGUUAACAAUGUUUUGUACCUGUUGACAGAGCUAUUGGAUUGUGAAACAGAAGAAGGAAGAUUAAGAAUAAUCAAUUGACUAAUUACAUUUAAAUUAUCGUCAAACAUUUCAACUAGGUAUCAGAAAAAGACUUCCUUUCAUAAGACUGUAUUUUAAAUAGAAAUUAUUUCAACAAUUAGAAUAAUGUUGACCAUCCCCCUCUUAGCUGAACAUCUAAAGAAAAUAUAAAGUUUAAUUUAUUGCAGUUCAAUUACGGUGGUACUCUCACUUCAUUUUCAUGUUGUAUAUAAUAUUUUUUUAUUGGCUAAAGGACUUUAAAGCAAAGAAAUGUGCCAUUUUUGACUUAAAACGUCUUUCUCAUUUAACUCUGCUCUUUGCCGUCAUUUCAUUAAGCUUUUAUCAUUCUAAUAAAAAUGCACAUUGUGUGACAGUUUUUAUGUUACAGUUUAUUUAAUUUUAUAAUUUUCUUGGAAUUAUGUUUGGAUAACAGUUCCUUUCCCACUUUUUUAAAAAUUUAACGUCAAUACAAAGAGAGAUCUUCAUGUGAUCUCUCUCAAGAUCUGACACUUAAUAUGCAAGGUCGAAGAAUAUCACAAAAUAGUUCAGAAAUUAAGACCAGUAAAUAUUUAUUUUAUACAGUUUGUUAUGAAAAGCAGAUCCAGCUUUCAGCAGCUGGUAGCAGUACACAUUGUAAUUUGGUAGAUGAGCACUCAUGAACAUUUCCUGUGUGUUUUAGAUCCAGGGAUAGUGGAUGAACAGAAAGGAAGUAGAGCCCUGGGUUCUGUACAAAGAUUAAGAGAUGAACUCUCUGGUUAACUCCUUCUAACCUGUGCUGGCUAGUAGGUAAACCAACCCCUUCACUGAAGCAGACAUCAUGCAAUUAUCUCUUUGUAGUUGUAAAAACCACUUUAAAACUGAAAACCUAUUUCUAAAUCGAAAAAGGGAUAGGACCGUAUUUGUUUAUUUCUGUGAGCUCUAGAUAGGAAAAAAUGCCCUCAACUGCAUUUCUACAGAUUUCUCCCAAGCAAAAGGCUGAUGUUAAGUCAGUACUUUUAUCACGUCCCUUUGUAUAAACUUAAAGUGGAGUAGGGUGUCUUUAUUUCUUUGAGAUCAGUGUUUGUAAUUUAAAUAUAUAAAUACAUUAAAAUGUUAUUUAAAAUCCCAUGUAAGAGUCCAGACAUUUCCCCUAUCUCCUCAGUAAUAGGACAUCUCUUGUGGAUAAAUUUUUUUUUCACUGAUCUCAUACUAAGCAUGCCUUUUUUUUUCCCCUUGAAAGCUAGGUCUUUAUUAAAUGCAGAUGUUACUAAAAGAAAAAACAAAAUUCACAUUUUCAACAGUAAACCCCAUGUGCUGUGUUUGUAGUUCAAAAAUUACAAAUGAUUCGAAUUUAAAUACAUCACUUCAGAAAUUCAAUAUAUAGAAGUUAAAUUUUAACUAGACAAGGAGUCAUUUGUUUUUCAUGUCAGGAUUUGCAAAGACUAGAGUGAACAAAGCUCUAUUUGGAAGACUGAACAACUAUAAAUAAAUUAUAUCUAAAAUUUACUUUGUUAGGGUAUCAAUUUUAAAAUCGAUAUGUGUAGGCAGUGCGCAAUAAGAAACAAGUUCUCGCUACUUCAUGGCUGAACCAAUGGAUCUAUACUUAUAGGGGAGCAAUCAGCCUUUUUUAGUAGCUUAAUUAUAUUCUCUUUGAAUUACCAUUUCCAGACUUUAACAGACUUCUUCCCACAAAUAGUUUAUCCUCCAAAUGCAAAUUACGAAUAAGGUAAAAGUGAGUAGGGAACAUUGCAGAGUGGUGUUUCCUAACCUUAUAGUUUGGGAACUUUACAAAUGAUAAGAUUCAAAGUGUAGAUUUAAAAAAUAAAUUCCUUAAUUAGUAAAUAAUUUUAUAUUUAUUUAUAUUAGAUUGAUUUAUCUGCGAAAGGAAAUACGGUAUUUGAGUUUUCUGAUAAAAGGGAUCAAAGUAAUGCUUUUUAUCUCAAUCUCUAAGCUGGUAUAUGCUGUAGUUUCAGAUACUUUAGCAGUAUGGAAAUGUGCUUACAAAUAUGCUUACCUUUUGAACAAUCAUGGCUAUGUUUAAAUAUUUUAAAUAACCUUGUUUUUACUUGUGCACUGAGUGAACUUUGUAUUAUUUUUAAAAACCUUCACACUACAUGAUGUUAUUGCAAUUUAUAUUUUGCCUGUGCUUGAUCUAAGGUCAUUUGCGUAGAUGAGUAAUUAAAAAUAUUCUAUAAAGAGA